CCGACGGAAGUUUUUUUGCAACCCAGAACAGGAAGUGGAACCGAACCAAAAAAGAAAUAAGAAAAGCAAAGAUCGCGAAGAAUCGCCGGCUGGCUCACAAAUUGAUCAGCGCAACAUGCGGUUGCCGAAAGAAUUGUGACCAGAUUGUGUCCAAGGACGAACGUGCAAUUAUUCAUGAUCAGUUCUGGAAACUCGAUCAAGCCGGUCAAACCAAUUUCAUCAGAGAAAAUGUGCAUCGUAGCUCACAACCACUCCGACUAAGGAAUCGAUUCACUGCAAAAAAUCCGAAAAAGAGCUGUUCAUAUAUUUUCAGCUUCCGUCUGUUGAAUGGAACGGAUGUUCGUGUAUGUCGUAAGUUGUUCUUGAACACGAUUGGAUAUGGAGAUAACUGUGGGUAGGUAAUGAAUAUUAUUUUGUAAAACAUAAAGAUUGAGUGUUUUUUUAUCUGUAGAAACAUUAUAUAUCGAUCUGUCGCGAGCGAUUUUGAAGGAAACCCUAAACCGUCCAAGCGUGGAAAAUACGAGAGAAGCCAACAGAAACACGAAGCAGUAAAAUCACACAUCUUAACUUACAACCCAAGUAUUUCGCACUACCGACGAGCCCACGCGCCGAACCGGUAUUAUCUGCCUUCAGAUUUAACCGGAGUUUCCAUGCACAACAACUAUCAAGAAUCGACUCCUCCUGACCUCAAGGUCAAUUAUUCUUUCUACUCACAUGUAAUGUCGAGCAUGAACAUUUCAUUGGUUAAAUUAGGAAACGAGCAAUGCGAGGCCUGUGUCGCGGCCACAUUACACCAGAGUACAGCCGAGCAUACCGACGAAGAGAAUUUUACUGCAGUGUGUUCGACAUGCAAAUCGCAUGUGGAGCAUUUGCGAUUGGCAUCUAUGUCCAGAUCGGCGUACAAGGACGACGGCGACAAAAUCCGCUCAAAAGAGGUUGUAUUUGCAGUUGACCUCCAGAAGGUUAUCCAGCUUCCCCGUCUAGAAGGCAUGAAGUCGAUAGUCUUUACACAACGCUUAUUAGCAUACAACGAAACUUUCGCGCCGGUUCACAAUUAUUCAAAAGCGUUUCCCGUUAUUGCCUGUGUAUGGGACGAAUCGACUUCAGGAAGGUCAGCUGGUGACAUUACGAGCUGCUUCGACAAAGUUGUGGACUGGUGCUGCAGCAAUGGCUUGGAAAAAGUUACGUUCUGGCUGGACAAUUGUUCCAACCAGAACAAAAAUUGGAAUUUGUUCCUUUAUCUGACCCUUCUGCUGAAUGCAAAGGAAACUACAGUGAAGCAACUAACUCUAAAGUUCUUCGAAUCCGGUCAUACGUUUAUGGCAGCGGAUUCGUUUCACGCUGCUGUGGAAAAAGCAAUGCGAAAUGGUGAGCCGGUAUGCACAUUUCCUGAAUUCAAACGAGUUGUACAAAAAGCGAAAAGUAACGUUGUUGUGGAAGAUAUGUCGGUCAAUGAUUUUUUUGAGAUGAAAAUGACGGUUUCGCAGUAUACGUUAACUAACUGCAAGCCACGUCCUUAUAUCGAGAAUAUCAGGAAAAUCAUUUUCGAAAAAGGCAGCUACGAAAUGAACUACAGCAGCGCUGUGAAUGACAGCGAAAAAAUGCAUUCUUGUUGCAUCAUGUCUAAGAAGCAGAUGAAGAUCGUUAUCCAUAAGGAUUUCAAUUUGGCGAAUAUCCUAACGCGUCGUAAAGAUCCAGCUGGUAUAACUACCGACCGUAAGAAGGCGCUGUUGAAUGCUAUUUUGCCAGUUAUCAAAGAGGAGCAGAAGCUGUUUUGGAAUAACCUUCCUGAGCAAUAAGUUUAAGUUCUAUGUAACUUUUGAAUGAAAUUUUGAGUUUUUUUUCGAAUAAAAUGGAUUUAAACAAAUUUAGUGUGUAAUAUGAGUUUAAUUUAAGUUUUACUUUACAUAAUAAGCACUUCUAUUGCUUAGCACGGUUUAAAAAUGAACAAUUUAAUACAUCAGUUAGCUCCCCGCGAUCAAUGAAGUCAACGUGACUGUUAUGCGAAUAUUUUCGACAUGGGACAACACAAACGGGUUUGGAUUUUUCAUAUUUUACGAACAAAGUCUACUUUUUUAUUAUUUUUUUCAAAACUUGAGAUAAUUUUGAGCUGAU